UGAGCUUGGCCAGAAUCGUUGUGUUAAGUCUCGUUAACAGAUCAAAAAAAUAUUUUACGCGUGUGAGAAGAAGUUAUAUAAAAAUUGAGUCUGAGUGAUAAUGACCAGCUAUACUGACAAAGGAACCAAACCUGAAGCCGGCAAAUUCUUAAGCUUUGAUCAUCUAACGUUCUACGUUGGCAACGCCAAGCAGGCGGCCAGCUAUUAUACCACUCGUUUGGGCUUCGAACCACUUGGCUACCAGGGAUUGGAGACAGGAGAGCGACGCUUUGCCAAAUAUGCAGUGCGUCAAAACAAGAUUAAGUUUGUCUUUGUCUCGGCUUAUACGCCCGAUGACGAGGAGCACGGCUUGCAUUUGAUGCGACAUGGUGAUGGAGUCAAAGAUGUAGCCUUCGAAGUGGAGGAUUUAGAUGCAAUCUUUACUCUGGCCGUAUCCAGAGGUGCUGAAGUAGUGCGCGACAUUUGGGAGGAGAGCGAUGAGCAGGGUGUUGUGAGAUUCGCACAGAUUAAAACCUAUGGCGACACUACGCACACUUUUGUGGAACGCAGCGGCUAUAAAGGUGACUUCUUGCCUGGUUUUGAGCGUGCUAAGGAGGAUGUGCUGCUGAAGCAUCUGCCGCCUACUAAGCUGAACUUCAUUGAUCAUGUGGUGGGCAAUCAGCCUGAUAUGGAAAUGGAAAGCGUUGCCUCCUGGUAUGAGCGCAUUUUGCAGUUCCAUCGCUUCUGGUCGGUGGAUGAUUCGCAGAUACACACUGAGUACUCUGCGUUGCGUUCUAUUGUCAUGGCCAACUAUGAGGAAACAGUCAAGAUGCCCAUCAAUGAGCCUGCCAAUGGUAAGAAGAAGUCACAGAUACAGGAGUAUGUUGACUACUAUGGUGGCGCAGGCGUGCAGCAUAUUGCGCUCAAUACGAGCGACAUUAUUGAAGCUGUGAGCAACUUACGUGCACGUGGCACCGAGUUCCUGACCAUACCAGCUUCGUACUAUGAGAUAUUGCAGGAGCAGCUCUCACGCAGUCGCACUGUUAUCAAAGAGGAUAUGGAAAUAUUACAGAAAUUGAAUAUACUUAUUGAUUUCGAUGAGAAUGGUUACCUGUUGCAAAUAUUCACCAAGAAUUGCCAGGACAGACCCACGCUCUUCCUUGAGGUCAUUCAGCGCUAUAAUCAUAAUGGCUUUGGUGCUGGCAACUUCAAGUCGCUCUUCACUGCCAUUGAAAUCGAGCAGGCCAAGCGUGGCAACUUAUAAUAACUUAGCAUGUCUAUGUAAUGUUAUUCAUUGCAGUCUAUUAAAAAAUGUGCAUUUAACUUUUGUCUA